AUGACAAGGAAGAUAAUUAUUUUUGGAGGCAGUGGAAAUUUGGCAUUAAAAAAACUUUUGCCAGCACUUUACAACUUAAAUAAAGAAGACUUGCUUAUAAUUGCUUACAGUAGAUCUGAUUUGAAGACAACAUACGAUGUUAAAAUGUGUGAAUUUUAUGGAGAAUAUUCAGAAGAGUUUAUCAACAAGAUUAUGUACAUACAAGGUGAGUACAAAAAUUUAUCAGGAUUAAAAGAAAUUCUUGAUCAGGAAACUGUUUUAUAUUUCUCAGUUCCACCUGAAGUUUAUCCAGAUAUUCUAAAGAACAUUCAUGAAAACCAAUUCCAGUAUAAAGCUAUCGCAAUUGAGAAACCACAUGGUUCUAAUCAAGAAUCAUUUAAAGAUUUACGUACGGACAAGCCUGAAAAAAUGUUCUUUAUUGAUCAUUAUCUAACAAAAGAACUUUCAUUAGCAUUUGACCAAAUUAGGAAAGAUAAAAAAGAAAUGUUUGAUCUGUUAACAAAAGAUAAUAUUCAUUCAAUAGAGUGCUAUUUUAAUGAGAGUAUUACUGCGCAAGGUAGAAAAGCUUUUGAUAUGACAGGUGUAAUUAAAGAUACUAUGCAAAAUCAUCUCAUUGGAAUGUUAGUGACUACUUUAGCUGAAAGUAUGACGUUAGAAAAAAGGAUGGAAAUUCUCUUAUCAAUUCAACCAAUCACUUCUCAGGUAAGUUUUGGACAAUAUGAAGGAUAUGCACAGGAAAUGGAUCAUCCUUCAAAUACUGAGACACAUGCAUCAUUUUCAUUGGCAAUAAAUGCUCCAUCUUUAUCAGGUAUUCCAAUAUUCAUGUCUGCUGGUAAGGCAUUGGCUUGCAAGAAAUCAACAGUUGAGUUUAACAUUAAGAAAGAUUCAAUUUGUAAUUUUUUUAAGUUCAUACAACCUGAAGUUAAAAACUGUGAAUUUGAACCUUCUUCUGGUAAAUUGGUUUUUACUUUCGCGCCUGAAUCGAAAAUUACAUUAGAAGUUACAGUUUCAAAGAUUUGUGAGUCUCAUCUGCUAGUAAGUAAUGAACAAAUCAGAGAAAUAGUAGAUGCAAGGUACCAACAUCAUCGGGAUUAUGAUCUUGUGCUCAAUAAUCUUGUUGAAGGUGCAUAUUUCCCAGCAUCUUCAUAUGAUGAAGUUCAGGAGUGCUGGAGAAUCAUUACACCAUUACUUGAGUCUAAAGAGGAUUUAAAACCUUAUCAAAAAGGAGUUCAUAUUCCUAAAGAGGCAUUGGAAUUAAGAAAGAAGAACAUUGAUUACGAAUAA